GAGCUUGCGGGGCCAUCCUGAUUAGGGAGCUGGCGUCCAACAUCUCGCCUCACGCACUCCGAUUUAUUUGUUUACGACUCAACUCGUCACGACUCCUGGGAAUUGUCGUGUGCGGUUCUUCUAGAUUUUCUGUCUAACAGAAGUCACCUAGGACUCAAGAAUACCGCGUUGGCCAAAGUAGACCCCAAACAGCUACAAAACCAUGGCUGAUAAAGUAAUUCCAUUUGGCAAUGCGCCUCUGGAGGAGAAGCGUCCGCACCAUUCAUGCAAACGAAGUGCUAUCGCUGUGAUAUUUUCAUUGCUGUUCUUUGGAACCCUGUUCCAUCCGGUAUCACGGUCUUACCAUCCAGCUUGCCACGCCUAUUCGCGCUUGCGCCCCCUUACGGUCGAGGAACGAGUUCAUAACGUCUUGGCCCGGACUCCACUGAUCGAUGGUCAUGAUGAUUUCCCGCUUCUUACCGGUCUCCCCUCUCAUGUCGACCUGCCACGACUCCGAGAAGGUCAGAACGGAGGAGCCUUCUGGAGCGUGUAUGCGCCUUGUCCGAAGAAUGGUUCGGACUGGUCCGAUGAUAACUAUAAAGACAUCGUCCUGUUCACCAACCAGCAGAUUGACCUUAUGACUCGUUUAAGUGCUGCCUACUCUAAUGACUUCUCUCACGUAGCUGGCAUCACUGCCGACUCCGCUCUGGCAGCCUUCAAACAGGGGAAGCUCAUCUCGCCUCUUGGCGUCGAAGGCCUGCACCAGAUCGGCAAUUCAGUCGCAAACUUGCGUUCUUUCCACGCCCUCGGAGUUCGAUAUGCUACUCUCACACACAAUUGUGGUAACAUCUUUGCCGACUCAGCGCUUGUCGAGUCACCGUUCCGCAAGGCCGAGCCGUACUGGGGUGGUCUUUCACCCAAGGGCAAGGAGCUCAUUCACGAGUUCAACCGCAUUGGUCUGAUUGUCGAUUUGGCUCACGUCAGUGCCGACACCAUGCGUGACGUACUCGGUGGAACCGAGUUCGAGGGCAGUAAGGCCCCGAUCAUGUUCAGCCAUUCUUCGGCCUUCGCGAUUUGCCCGCACCCAAGAAACGUGCCGGACGAUGUAUUGCAACUAGUCAAAAAGACGAACUCUGUUGUUAUGGUUAACUUCGCACCCGACUUCAUCUCGUGCAAAGAUGUCGGCAACGACAAUGGCGUUCCUGUUCUUGUGCCCGAGAACGCCACGCUUGCGCAAGUCGCUGAUCAUAUCACCUAUAUCGGCAACUUGAUCGGGUAUGAUCACGUCGGUGUCGGCAGUGAUUUCGACGGCAUUCCAUCAGUCCCGAAGGGCUUGGAAGAUGUGUCAAAGUAUCCUGACCUCUUUGCCGAGCUACUGAGGCGAGGCGUUUCUGAUGAAGACGCAGCCAAGGUCGCUGGUGGCAACAUUCUCAGGGUCUGGAAAGAUGUCGAGGAAGUUUCGGCCAAGCUUCAGGCAGAUGGGUUCCCAGUGCUCGAGGACGACUUGCCAAGCUUGAGGUUCCAGGAGAACUUUAAACUGCUGGGCCUGGAAUAGAUGAACGCGACUCUGAAUGACCUUCCUCUGUGUACGGCGCUGAACAGCCGGGGGAGGGAAGGUACGGGGCUUAGUAUAUUGUGAACAAUGGUGAUGUCCCGAAAAGAGUAUGAUGUCAACUAUAUCAGCCUAUCAUACAGGCGUGCCGUAUGUUGUU